AUGAGCGGCUCGGUAGAUGCACACAUUAAUCACCAAGAAGUGAGCCCCAAAGCGAUGCGCGCUGUUCGCUAUGAGACGACAAAGGAAGCCGCUGCUAAAGGCUUUGCCAUUGGCAUGGGCGGUACUACGCUCAUAGGUUACUUUUUACAGACCUACUCCCCCACGAUCCGCAAAAUGCCUCGUUCGCUCAAGCUAACAACCACUAUUCUUGGCGGUAUGGCGCUCGGUAGCGUGUUUGGUGAGCGAGCGAGCAUUGCUUUUGAGCAGAUGCAUUACGCGGACAAUGCUUCUAAACACGCACAACGUGUAAAGCAAAAGCACGAGACCGAUUGGGAUAGUCUGCCCUUGUACGACAAGGCGCUGUCUUGGACAAAGAACAACAAAUUCACAGUGGUUAUCGGUAGCUGGAUUGGCUCGAUGGCAGGCUCUUGGUUGUAUAUACAAAGUCAGCCGCUGAGCUUCUCGCAAAAGCUUGUCCAGACACGUGUAUGGGCGCAAGGUCUUACAAUUGUAUCUUUAAUUGGCAUGGCUAGCUUGACACAUCUACCCAGCGCCGGCGAUAAAUUGCUGGAAGAAGAAAAGCUUGCGGAAGAGCACUCCUGGAGCGAUAUCAUCCUCGAACAGAAUCAUUUGAACAACCAGGAACACCCCAUUAUUCUGCACCACAGUCCGGAGAAGAAGGGCAACGAGAAAGGUAAAAUGCAAGAGGACGACAAUAAGAAGGAGGAAGGUGACAAGAAGGAGGCUGAGAAAGAGUAG